AUGAAGACCUCUGCUGUUGCUUACCUCGUCGCCGCCGGCUUCGCCGCCGCGCAGGGACUCGAGGACGUCCCCAGAUGCGCCGCCCCAUGUAUCGAGCAAGCCAUCACUGGCAACGAGAUUGGCGGCUGCGGCCAGUUCGACAUUGAGUGCAUCUGCAGCAACGACGACUUCCUCCAGAACAUGGCCUGCUGCCUCGAGGACAGUUGCGACGACAGUGGCAAGGCAGCGGCCGUCACGUUCGCGCAGCAGGUCUGCUCGUCCGUCAACGUCGACACGCCUGACCAGGUCGAGUGCAAGGCCAGCGCCUCGCCUUCGGCGACUCCCAGUUCGGAGCAAUCCGAGACGAGCGGUGCAGCCAACUCUGAGGAGACCGGCGACGACGGCAAUGCGGCGACUGGUCUGAGCAGCGUAGGCGGUCUGGUUGGUGCCGUUGUUGCCAUGGGCUUUGCCCUGUAA